AUGGUUGCCCAGUCGCGGGGAGGAGAGGCGGUUCCUGCUGAGAGAAAAUCAAAGGCUUUAGACAAUCAGACAGAGCGACAUGCAAAUCCUACUUUCCAUGGAUGUACUUGUAUCCUUGUAGAGAUAGGGCAUGCACCGCCACAGAGCAUGUUACGAAGAAGCCUCACUUUUUCCUACUCCAACUCCCACAAGCACCUCAACAAAUCUGUUUUAUUGAGUGGGUGGCGUGGAAGGCCGUACGCUGGUAACGCUAACGCUGCAGCUGCAGAGGCAGAUGCAGAGGCAGAUGCAGAGGCAGAAGCAGAAGCAGUGGCAGAAGCACCAAACCCAAAUGUCCGCAGAGUUAAAGGGAAAAGGCUUUCCAAAGCGGAGCGCCAAGCUAUGCUUGAACCCUUUGUCAACAAGUACAGAGCAAUGAAUGCUGGGGCAUUCCCUACUGUUUCAUGUGCUCAGAAAGAACUGGGUGGCUCUUACUAUGUGGUAAAGAGCAUCCUUCAGGAGUUACAAUACGAAGCUAAGAUGUCUCCCUGGUCUCCCGUAACUGCGGAUAUGCCAAAACAAGAAGAAGUUAGAGAAAUUGAAUCUUUGGCUCAAGUUGAAAAGAAUUCAAACAGUCAGGUGUCAGCACAUGCCAGCACUCAAACUGAUUCUGAGGCGACAUAUGAUGCUGAUUUGCCAGGACAAGAGGAUGUUGGUGAAAUUGAAUCUUUGACUCAAGGUGAAGAGAAUUCAAUCUCUGAGGUGUCCGCAGAGACAUAUGACAUUGAUCUUCCAGGACAAGAAGAAGUUGGAGAAAUUGAAUCUCUGACUGGAGUUGAAGAUAAUUCAACCUAUGGGGUGUCAGCAGAUGCCAGUGGCAGGCAUUUAGAAGCCAAGGAAGAGGCACAGGCUUCCUCCUCAGUUGAGAUCUUGUCUGAAGAGGUUAUCACUCGAGGAAGUGAUUCUGAUCUUGUUGCAACACAAAGUAAUUUGCUGAAAGUGGAUUCUGUGGAAUCUUCUUAUAAAGACCUUGAUGAACUUAGUAAUGGUAAGGAGGAAGCUAAGCAGAAUCUUUCUGGUUCUAUUUCUAAAGAAUGUCAAUUGUCAGAAGAAAGAUUAGAGGUUGUUUCUCAUCCAUUUGGCAAAUCUGAGAAUAGUGAAAGAGCGGAAGCUGAAGCUGACAAACAAGAUUUUGUUGCAAAAGAAAAAGAUCUGCCAAUAGGGGAGGCUAAUAAAGCCUCUCCUCCAAGUUUUGGUGAUACACAGGAUAUGAAAAAACAAGAACAUGCCUUAGAAGAUUCAAAGUGUAAAAGAGAGAAAUAUGAAGAGAUCCCUCAGCCAGACAAACUUCCCAAAUGUGCUCACAUGAAAAUCAUAGACAUUUGUUGUAUGCUUGCUGCUAUAGAGCUAAAACAUGGUAUUGGACACACUAAGCUGUGGAGGCUGGCACCACAGACAGAAAGAUAA